AUGAGUGACCCUCCCUCCAACCAUCCGACAUCCCAUCAGAGUGAUGCCACCACCACCCAGGUCUCCGGACACCCCUCCACCAAUCCCUCCGCCACCACCGAACUCUCCAGUCUUAAGAUAGAGCUUCGCGGUGCCCUCCGCCAAUUCCAGGACUUCCCUUCCAAAGGCAUCUUGUUCGAAGACAUCCUCCCUAUCUUCGCGGAUGUUUCUCUCCACGAAGCCCUGAUAAGAUGUUUAGAACUGCACAUCCUCGAAACAUACGGUGAAGACCAGAAGCCUGAUGUCAUUGUUGGUUUGGAAGCCAGAGGUUUCUUGUUUGGCCCUUCCCUCGCGUUGAGGCUGGGGGCUGCGUUCGUGCCCGUGAGGAAGAAGGGCAAGCUACCAGGUCCGGUUGAGACAGAGACAUAUCAGAAGGAAUAUGGGCAGGAUUGCUUCCAGAUACAGUCGGAUUCUAUCAAGCCGGGAAAGAAAGUAGUUGUGGUAGACGACAUUAUUGCAACAGGCGGAUCUGCAGCCGCAGCUGGAGCUCUCGUUAAAAAGCUCGGAGGCAAUCUUCUUGGUUUCGUCUUCGUGCUUAAUCUGGAUUCCUGCAAGGGAUGCGAAAAGCUCCCCGCCCCCACGUACACCAUUCUGUCGACCCAAUGA